ACCUGAGCAGCCUCCUAGCUGCUACAAGCACACUCUGAAAGUGGCGGUGGAGGGUAGGAAACACAGCCCCGCCCCUCCCCCUGCCUGCAGAAGAGUGUCUGAUACCAGGCACUGUUGCGCUUUUCAACCACAUGGGGGAGCUGCAAGUCAUUUUUACAUGGAAACUACAUAGUGUUGCUUUAACAGUUGAAUAGGCAAACAACGACAUAGGUCUGUUUUUCCAGAGCAUCGCCAAAGAAACGCUAUCAAGAGGAUAUUUUGCAUCUUGUAGUUCAUGUUUACAAAUAUGUCGACAAUUUGCAUUGUUUGUAUUGGAAAGGCUCAAUGACAGUUCAAGUCAAAUUGCAUGUAAAGUUUUAACACUAUUCAGUUGUUUUAAAUUUUUAUAAAAUUACGAUUACAACAUAAGAAACUAACUACAGCACCUUAAAAUAAAAAAUAAAAAACAUUUAUUUACAUUUGUUAAAAUGUUUUAAACCCACGCGUCUGAGCGAAUGAGGUGACGUCACGGCGCUUUGUCUCCGCCCUUCCCCGGCAGUCGGCGACGGAGCGGAAGUUCCGUUGUGAUCUGGAUAGCAAACGCCUGCUGACACUUUCGUUCCCCAUCACUGCACUCCUCACAUUGUAUGUGUGGCAACAACAUGUCUGUACCGUUGCUAGCCGAAGCUGUGACUUUGUCUGGGACAGAGAAGGAGACAGCUGUGGUGAUCUUCCUUCAUGGCUUGGGUGACACAGGACAUGGUUGGGCCGAUGCCAUGACGUCUAUUCGGGUGCCGUAUGUCAAAUACAUCUGCCCACAUGCGCCGCGAAUCCCAGUGACGCUCAACAUGAAGAUGACUAUGCCCUCAUGGUUUGAUUUGAUGGGUUUAAGCCCAGACGCACCAGAAGAUGAAGCAGGGAUUAAGAGAGCAGCAGAGAACAUAAAGGCCAUUAUCGAUCAUGAGGUAAAGAAUGGGAUACCAUCCAAUCGUAUUAUUCUUGGUGGCUUCUCUCAGGGUGGAGCGCUCUCUCUCUAUACAGCUCUGACCUGUCAGCAGAAACUAGCAGGGGUUGUUGGGCUUAGCUGUUGGCUUCCACUUCACAAGUCCUUUCCACAGAGUGCAAGUGGAAGUGGAAACAAGGAAACUCCUAUUCUGCAGUGUCACGGGGAGAGUGAUUCCAUGAUCCCGGUGCAGUUUGGGGCCUUGACAGCAGAGAAGCUCAAAACCUUUAUCCCUCCAGGGAAAAUAACCUUCCGGACCUACCCAGGUCUCACGCAUAGCUCUUGUCCUCAGGAGAUGCUUGCUGUCAAGGAAUUCAUUGAAAAGCAGCUUCCCCGAAUCUGACCUCAUCCUAUCCCACUGUGACCUUCAGACACUGACCUCUCACCUCUGACCUGCCAUUCCCCCACAGGAAACAGCCAUGAUGCCCUACAACACACACACACUUAUGCAUGAACAUUCAGUUGUAUAUACUGUGAACAUGCAUAUAAUGUCAUCUCACACCUUUGUUUGUAAUUUAAGUCAAUGGACAUUCAUUAAAAAUCUCAAGUGUUAUUACUAAUAUAUGACACAUUUGUCAUUGCACACGACACACAUGCAUACAGUACAACAAUAUUUAACCAGCCUUUUUUAAAGGGAGACUUAUAUUCAUUUUACAUUCCCAUGAAUAUUAAACAUUACAUGCUUUUCCAACCCUCUCUCUUUCCCAUUCAUUUCCCCUUGUCUUUUAAUCUUUUGCUAUUUCCCAUUAUACAAGUGAAGGUAUUAUUUUACUAAACAGCUCUGUAACACUGAACUCUGGAGAGUUUAGAUGCUGAAAGUCUGUAUUGGUGAAGAAAGUUAUUCAAAGGUCGGUGCCGUCUGGAGUGCUAUGCAUGCUGGUCCCAUUGUGCAAUGCGCUUAAUCAAGAUUUCUUACUCCUACUUGUGUUCAAGUAGCUUUUUAAAAACUAGAAAUAAAAGAAAAGCAAGCAAAUGCUACUUAAAUCAAUCUGAUCUUUCAGUAUGCUUUGUUUUUCUCAAACAAUUGGUAAUUUAAAAUCAGGUUUUUAGUUGUUAGAUUGGCUGGUUUGAGUUUUGUGCCAUAUUUAUCAAAUCUUCUAAGAGUUUUGAGAUUGUAUCAAGUCUAUCAGCUCAUAGUUUUGUAAUGCAAUGUAUAUACUAAUUGAAAGUCAAUUCAUUUUGUUAGGUGAACUUCAACUGUGUCAGUGCUCAUAAUUAGAUUUUGGAGUAUAUUAUUAUAUAAAAAUUGGUGCGUCACUCCAGACGGUACUAAUGAUGUUUUGCCUCCCCAAUCUUUUCUGAUUCCCUUUCCACUUUAGCCAUAUCACCCUUGUGACCAAACACCUUUAAGUGUUCUGGGGUCUCAGAUUGCAUAUGUAUAUACACUUCAGGAUCUGUAUUAUGUUAAAGUAUUGUUUACUGACAAUAACUAUUAAUAAAGGGUGAAAGGUCACAGUUAUAGGAAAAUAUGGAGGACUAGCUUUCAGACAUUAAGAAACAAAGUUAAAACCUUUAUUAGCGAUUAAAAUUAAAAAAAUGAAUUUGCAAAUAUGAAUACAGUAAUUUUUCCUCACAAUUUGCUUGUAUACAUUAAAAAAUGGUUUGUGUAAUAUCUAAACCAGUUGUUUGCGAACUAGUGAAUGUUACUUUUUUACCUGAAUAGGCGCUGAUUAAUACAUCAUUUCGAUGGUAUUUUAUUGCAUCAUCUUUUUAGCUCUUAAUGGAUUUAUUUCACUUUAGUAUUAGCUGAUACAAUCCUUUCUUUUAAAGUUGGCACAGUUUGUUAUGAUUCGUUGUUAUCCUUUCUCGGCUUAAUUGGUUUAUUAAAUGCCCUGUGGCUUGAAUGUUUAUUGUAUUAAUUAUGGGCAUGCCAGGCACGAGCCGCUCUGCAGAAACUGGCAAUAUAUUUGGGUUUAACAGUAAACUUAUCAGAUUUUCCCCACCUGAGUUGUAAUUUGUUUGUUUUUAUUGUAUCAUUUGUGCUCAUUUAAAAAAAACAGCCGUGUUCUGUUUGUCGUUGUCUUAUUAUUUGAAAAAAAUAAAUAUUUUUUUUUGUUGAUGUGUUACAAAGCG